CGCGAGGAAGCAAUGCCGGUGCACGGCGCAGUCACGGGGAAAGACGCGGCAAGGCUGCAGUGGCCGAGCCUCGCUUGGGCGCUGCUGGCUCGGCGUCAGCUGCUGGGCGCCCGGGCGCGUGGUUGCAACCAGCUUUGCGGGUGCCUUCCCUCGGGGGUUCGCCGCUCACAUUGAAGCGCGUCCGUGAAACCCGGAGACCGUGCCGUGUGUUCCCGUCGCGAUUGAUUUGCCCGUCUGGAAGUGUGGUUGCGGUGCACGCGCUGGCGUGAUUCGUCGUCCGUGAGUAUGCUGUCAAUGCAUUGACGUCGCUCAGCGCCAGCUGGACUGCGCCCCGACUGGCCAUGUCGGACGAAGAACCGAGCCGUCCGCUGAUGGCUCCGCGCAAGGUGCGCGUGCUGAGGCGAGGACCGGCUGCCGGUGUGCGACGACGGCGCUGCAGUGCCGCCCUGUGGAUCCUGCUGGCCUGUGCCGCGCUCGGCGCGGCUGUUCUGGUGCUGCGCCACCACCGGCAACGCCGGCGGGCAGCGCGCUCCGACGGCUGCCGGCAGCUGCGCGCGCACGACGUGUGGCACAACACGAUGCCCAUGCUGACCACGGAAUCGGCCUUCCGCCAUUUGGACGUCAACGGGGACGGCACGCUCGACGUGGUCUUCGGCUUCGGAACCGGCCUGGAUGCGUACCGGUACCCGCGGGUGGCGUGCGACGUCUACCUGCCGGCGGCCGGUGGCCGCGGCUGCGGCGGAGGCCUGGCGGCGCUCGACGGCCGCUCGGGCCACGAGCUGUGGCGCCUCUACGUGGCCCACGAGUUGUUCGCGCUCAGUUGCCGGCUGGACUUGGAUGCGGACGGCGUGUCGGACUGCGUCGCCGGAGGUCGCAUGGCGGGGCUGUACGCGGUGAGCGGACGCACGGGCGGCGUGCUGUGGACGCUGUCGGGAGCGGACGAGGCCGUGGUGGAGCGUUCCAACAUGUACACGGCGCAGCACAUCCGCGACGUAGACGCCGACGGCACGCCCGACCUGUUGGUCGCCCACGGAGGAGACCCGCUGCGGGAGCCGGGCGCGCCCUCGGACCGGCUGGCGGGCCGCCUGCUCGUCGUCAGCGGGCGCUCGGGCAGACUGCUCAGCUGGGCUACGGUGCCCGACGGCCGCGAGACGUACUACUCGCCGCAGCUGAUGUUGUACCCGGACGGCACCGAGCUGGUGCUGUUCGGCACAGGCGGCGAGACGCACGGGGGCUCGCUGUGGAGCCUGCCGUUGCGCGAGCUGCUCGCCGGCCGCACCAUCGCGGCACGUGCAAUAUAUACGGACCCCAGCAAGGGCAUCAUGACCCCACCUGCGCUUGUCGACAUAACCGGCGAUGGCGUGGCGGACCUCGUCAUGGCCGCCUUCAACUCGACCGCAUUCGCGCUGGACGGCCUGAGCUUUGCGCGGCUCUGGUCACGCCGCUUUGCCCAGUCCGAGUCGUACAGCACUCCGGCCGUGGGUUUCUUCGACGGCGACGGGACGCCCGACGUGAUGGUCAGCUACCAGACGGGGCCGGGAUUCCCGCUCUACGUGUCCAGCCAGACGACCGUGCUGGACGGUCGCACGGGUCGGCCCCUGCUGUCGCGCCCCGUGCGCUCGGCGCUUGGAGCGCAGGCGUCCCCCCUGGCCGUCAGCAUGCCCGGCACGGGCCGCGACCUAUUCCUUUACUGGCUCUCGGACUGCCACCGCGGCCCUGCCGCAGCCCACGAGGAGCGAGAGUUCGCGCUCGCCGCCGGCACCAGCGUGUACCUGCGCAGUCGCGCCGACUUCUGCCGGCUGCGCUUCGGAUCACGCCUUUACACGCGGCUCUAUGCCCUGGGGUCCGACGCCGGGCCACCUGGGGCGCUCGUGUACGACUCCGACGAGAAGCGGCCCCUCGAGUAUGCCGGCCUGCCCAACUUCACGGCCAUCGGGGCCCGCUUCCUGGAGCAGCACCCGGAGUACCGGCGCGUCCGUCGCCACGUGGGGCCGCACGACGCGGGUGGAGUGCAGCGCACCAUCUCGACCGGCACCCUUCUGCCGGGCUCUGGGCCACACAGCGUCGACCUGGUGUUCGCCACCUUCUGGUUCCGGCCGACGCGCGUGCGCGCCAUGUCGGCGGAGCAGCGGCGCUGCCUGGAGCUGAUGCGGGCGCACGAGGCGGCCCGCUUUCAAGUGGACAGCCCGCUGUACGGGCUCGACCACGACGCCUUCGAGCAGCUGGCCGCGGCCGAGUGCGGCGACGACGACGAGGACAACCAGCUGGCCUACGACCCGUUCGACCGGCGCAUGGGCCAGAUGACCGUGUAUCGCGUGCGCCUGCAGUGCGUCUGUGACCGAUGCGCCGGCCCGCUGCCUUUCCGGCGCCAGAGGUGGCCUGCGUACAUGGGAGCCGGCGCUGACUGCUAUGCGAGGACGCCCUGACACACGCCUGUCCGGAAAAGCGAGCGCUGUAGGUUAAUGUGAUAUAGCAAAUCGAAGGGUUGAAUGCCCUGAAUUGGCAAAACACAAGCUUGACACAAAUGUAAGUGUGAUCAGUAUGUGCUAUCUCGUGAGUAGGCACGUGCUACACGACAUUCUGAAAUGAGCAAAAGUACGCGUACAAAGAGGGUAGUUUAAGCGAUAUGCUUGAGCCUUAAUUAAAAGGGCAAGAGGGAAAAAAACAAGUACAGAGACAACAUUUCGACACAAUGACUUGCAUUUGUCGUGGCAGGAUUCAUAAAUGUAUUUUUGAAAUUAGGCAUCUCGUACAUAUGGUCAAGGCUUCAGCAUUUCGCGCACUGGACCCGCGCCCGCUUGUGAGCAGCUGUUUGUGCUAUGCGCUAAUGAACGCCACAAACCUCACUGACAUCCGCUCGAUCAAAUCCUGUCACGUGUGCGUACUGGGACGGGCCCGUGUUCCCCUUACUCCGCAUCAGGGCGCUGGAGUAGUGAAGCAGGUGGGGAAGCAUUGUUGUGGUCACAAACGACGUGGCAGGACCGACACACGUGCCAUCAGGUCUCGAGCAGGUGGUGACCAUUUCGUCGCCCACGGUGAUGAGGUAAAUGCGCAUUCGCUAAGAUAGCCCAAGUAAACGACACGAAUCGUCCAGACACAGCCCCAUUGCAAGCGCAAAGUUCCGUCGGAUGUCUGUCUCAUUUGAAUUGAAUAUAUAUUUUGCAUACGAUAUUUCUGUAGAGAUUCAGGGAGCUGGCUGAAUUAGUCAAGAGAUAAGGCAAUCAAUGCAUUCGCUGACAGCAAGAUUAUCGUGCGCUAAGAAGAAAUGACGAUAAUAUUUGAGUUGCCUGUUUCGUUUCUUGCAACAAUUACGCAUCUAAAUAAUGUGUGUAUUACAGAUAAUCUCCCUAACAUAACAAACGUCUAAACAAUGUAACAGUAUGGCCCACUUGUAACGAGACCACCUGGCAAGACGUGAUAAUUCAACACCCCACAUCAAAACAAGUAAAUGACAAAAGGCCACAAACACUGCCAUCGAAAACAUGCUCGUACUAAGUGAUUCAACGUGCUCUUGCUAGUAGAGAGACGCGAUGCUCUCAAACCGGCCACAUGCAGACCUCACGAGAGCGAUGAGUAGAGAAACUUUUGCGGGUGCUUCUUUUACGUCCGACACUAAUCUUUGGAAGAAGACAAACUACAGAACAGGAAAGAAACUGUUGUCCUUUCUGUCUUCUUCUAAAAUGUUGCCCACCCCUCGAAGCGCUGCAGAUGUUCGAAGCACUGGAGAUGUCUUGUACGUACAUGACAUUUCCAAGUUUCAAUAGCCCACGGGUGUGUUCUGUAGUACUUAAAUGCUGUAGCAGUAAAAGGUGCGUCAUUAUAUGCGACUAAAGCAAGAGUUCACUUGGUCGACUGUCCAUUUCGGCCGCCCCUGAUUCGCUGGAGCUGUUCGAGCAAAGAGGAUACUGGCGCCCCCAGCUGCCGGUUCCUCUCUGCAAGGCCAGUUUAUGUGCAGCGUUUUAUGUAAAAUAACAACCGACUAUAGGUGGACUCUUACAGAAUAGCCAACUGCUUUCUGUCAUUGGGUCGCUGAUGGGCCUGCUUUGCGUGUUAUAGUGUGUACAUCCUUAAAGAAUGGCUAACAAUGUGCAUUUGAUUCCAAAGGCAGUGCCACGUUUCACGCCUGCUACAAGUUGAAUUACUUUGCAGUUAGUGGUUUGGAAGGCAUAGACAACUGGAAACAAACGCCAACUGAAAUGUCGCACUGUGACGAAAACUAAAGAGGCCAAAAACUAUAUGUUCUUAGGAGACAGCGAAUGCUCGACAUAUUUGCGCCUAAUGGUUGUUAUUUAUUGCGAAUAAUUGAAGCCUGGCUUACGCACGUGCUGCUGAAAUUUCUCAUCAUCUUUCUCCUACGUACGUGGAUAAUCUUUGCACGGAUGUCUAUCUCAUUUGAGUUGAAUAUAUAUUUUGCAUACGAUAUCUCUGUACAGAUUCAGGGAGCUGGCUGAAUUAGUCAAGAGAUAAGGCAAUCAAUUCCUUCGCUGACUGCAAGAUUAUCGUGCAACAUAUCCGGAGCAUCAUGCUAUAGAUUGCUUGCCGUUUCACAUUAAUGUACCGUAUUAAUUUUUCACAUUUUUCACUACAUACUGUUGUGCCACACUGCGUGCCUUCAUCGAGGUGACCCCUUUGCGUUCUUCUGAGAACCACGAGUAAUCCCGCGACGAAACAGGAGUGCGACGCGGGUGACGUCAGCACCCGCCCCGCCUCGUUCCUGCCGACGAGCAGCCGAAAAAGGUAUUUAAGGCAGACCCGGCCCAAUUGCGAGAGAGAGCCGCCACCAGCUGCCCCGUCGGUCUGGUGCACUACUAAUGCUACUUGUAUGCCAUUACCUGCUACAUCUGUACAUAUUGUAUAAAGCUUUUCGUCACCUCUUCGUCUGCUCCGAGAGUCCGUCUCUCGUAGUAGAUCUCGGGUCGCAAUAAUACAUCUCACCUACUUAAUUUUUAUCAACUCGUCGCCCAUGCCGACAUCUACAGCUUCAAUUGAAUCUUUCCCUCUCUCAUGCAGUGAAACGUCUGUCUGCUCUUUGGGUUGACGAUUGUAAUUAAUAUAUUUCGCCCUGGAACAAAGCUAUACAGCGGCCUGCGUGCCAGUGGUAAACAAAUACUUGCAGUAUGUAAAGCAGCUGCAGACAUGACUGAAUCCGGCGUAUAAAUCUGGCGUGCCAAAUGGCGGUGCUGUACCAUGAAUACAAAUUUUU